CAAUAGUAUUGAAUAAUAGUAAUUUGUAUACUCUCCUGCUAUAUCUUUGUACCGUAGGAUUCAAUUUUCUUAUAAUCAUAUUUGACACACGCUUCGCGAAUUAUAAAAUGUAAUAUCUACCCGUCUGUUUAACAAAUCAAAUAUGGAUUCAUCUAUGCGCGCAUUAGUUCGAUUGAUAGAUCGUUAACCAAUCGGAACACGCGAAUUUUGAGAAAUCAAAAAGUGGCGCUUAAAUUUAUAUUUAAUCUUGCAUAGUGAAAAAGAAAUCUUUGUAAAGUCGAAAUGAAAAAGAUUUUUUGACAUACGUCAUUUGUCUUCUAUUUCCAUGUUAAUAAGAUACGAGAAAAAUGCUAUUACUGGAAGAAUAUAAAGAACUCAUCGAGCGAGAUUCGAAGGAGAUUUCGUUUUUAUGGAAAAUCGUACAAAUAUUUGGUUAUUUUUUAAGUGCAAUAUCCGGCUAUUGUUCUUCUAUUAUGUUCUAUAUUUUCUGGGAAGAUAUUUUUGGAGGACGGUGUCCUCUUUGGGCACAUGUAUAUGCUCUUUCUACAAGAACAGUAAUUAAUUCUAAUAAUGAUGAUGAACAAAAUAAAACUAUUAUAAAUAUUAAUUUACAAAAUUGGUUAAAUUAUAUAGCUGUUAGAUAUGAUUAUGAAAAACAUUGUGAAAUUUACUUUUAUGUGAGUUUAUUUUCCUGUGUAUUUGGUAUUAUAUGGAUUGCAAUGUUUUCUGUAUAUGGCAAAGGUGGAUAUGAUAUCAAAGUCAUUCAUUCUUCAUGGAGAAUUAUUAUACCAGCCUUUAUUUUUAAUUUUGUAUUUACAACAGUUACCUCGUAUACAAUUUAUGAUUUACAAAAAGGAUAUGAAAAAUUUACAUUCGAUAUGCAAAAGGUUUUUUCAGAGUUAACAAAAAGCAAUAAAUUAUCGCAAGAUAUGAUCUGCAAUAUUUUACGAAGUUAUGUGGAGAUGUAUGAUAUUCAUGAACAUAAUAUAUGUAAUGUCUUUUUUAUCGUACAGAUUUUAGGGUGGACAAUAGCUGGAAGUUGGAUUUUUAAUUUAAUGUUAUUAGUGAUACGUAUUCUAUUAAUUACAGACUUUCGAAUUUUAAGAGUUAGGGUUUAUGAAAUUCCAUACAAUUCUAUUAUACCAUAUUUAGAUAACGAUAAAAAUAACAUAAAAACAGAGCCUUCUGAAAGUGAAAAAAAGAAAAAGGACUAAUAUGUAUUUAUAAAAUACAUACAUAUAUGUAUAUA